AUGGCCCUGAAAGACGAAUAUGACAGCGGCGAAGCAGAACUAAAAUUGACAGCCUCUCAAGAUUCUCCAAUCCACUGCGGCAUUGAUCAAAAUCACCCAUGGGAGGAUGAACUACCUCCAGUUGAUGGAGGAAGACAUGCAUGGCUUUUUCUAUUAGCCAGCGCAAUGCUUGAAGCACUUGUGUGGGGAUAUGCCUUUUCAUUUGGGAUCUUUGAGAAAUUCUACAGUACACAUGAACCAUUCCAAGGUUCUAACAACAUUGCCGCUAUUGGGACAUGCGCAAUGGGAAUCGCAUAUCUUGUAGCACCUUUGCCUAUAAUAGGAAUGAUUCUAAUUCCAAGAAUUGCUCGCUGGGUGUCGACUAUUGGCGUCAUGAUAAUGUGUCUGUCGUUGGCAAUGAGCUCAUUUUCAACCAGUGUCACACACCUCAUUUUAUCUCAAGGAAUUGGGUUUGGGGUUGGAGGGUCUCUGGCAUAUACACCCUCCAUUCUAUUCAUGUCCGAAUGGUUUGUCAAGCGAAAGGGUCUCGCAUUUGGAGUCGUAUGGUCUGGCUCUGGACUAUCUGGUGUGCUGUUUCCACUUAUCAUAGAAUGGUUAUUGAACAGAUACGGUGUACCGACUACAUUGAGAAUAUCAUCAGUUGGAUUGUUUCUCCUUUCAAUUCCGUUCUUAUACUUUCAUCGGCCGCGCAUUCCGGUUACACACUCUGCUGUUCAACACCGGCUCAACUUUCGCUUUCUUUACAGUAAAGUAUUUAUCAUCUACCAAAUCGGCAACACUGUUCAGGCACUGGGCUUCUUCUUACCCACGAUUUAUCUCCCGACAUACGCCAGCAAGAUGGGUGUCAAUGAGCUCUUGUCUUCUCUCACGGUCAUCCUUUUCAACAUUACAUCUGUAUUCGGUUCCAUCAUGAUUGGCUUCCUCUCUGACCGGUAUCACGUCACUACAUGCCUUCUCAUCACCACUGCUGGGUCCGUCAUCUCGGUAUUUUUCAUAUGGGGAUUUUCUAGCAGUUUGUGGUCCCUUUAUCUGUUUUGCAUUGUCUAUGGAUUACUGGCGGGAGGUUACUCGUCCACAUGGUCAAGUAUUGCGCAUGAAGUACAGCAUUCCAACCCGGCGACAGAUGUUAGUGUGAUCUUUCCCUUCAUGGAAACUGGCCGUGGUAUUGGGAAUGUGGUUAGCGGGCCAUUGAGCGAGGUACUAUUAAAGGCAGACGGAUUGCAGAGCCAUGCAUGGGGCACAUAUGGGAGUCAGUAUGGGGCCAUUGUGAUUUGGACCGGUAUAACCACCCUGAUAGGAGGUAUAGCUGUGGUGGCUCGUUGCUUGAAAUUUGUUUAA